AUGUCUCUCUCCUUCGAGCCCCUCCUCCCGCCAUCCGUCCUCCACGGCGCGCCGUACGAUCAAUAUGAGGACACCUACGCCUAUGGGUCGCCAACCGGCCACGCGCCGAGCUGGUUCCAGGACUGGGAAUUCAAUUCUCUGCAACACCAACAUCACCAGCAGGUCGGCCCCUCGAGCCAGGUCGUACAGCACAUGGGAACGGGUCAACUUCACCAGGCGCCGCUCAACCACCAUAUAUCUUACGAGCUGAAUGCUCCCAGUUACACUUCUAUGCAGUAUCACCACCAACAGCAGCACGUUCAGACCGCCAUUGCGCCGCCUCCCCCGGCGUUUGACGGGAUGGAGUACUUCAACUUCGACUUCGACCCCAGCCCUAGUGUGGCGUCCAACAAGCCCGUGGAGCAGUACCCGGCCCCUCCGACAAUCGACCCUUUGCUCGACAGCGAUAGUCAACUUCGGCAGUCGACGCCGACGCCUGCAACCCUUGUGCCCAUGCCGCAGAGACCACCCGGGUUUAUCGAUCCUCGUGUCGUAUUCGAUCGCCUGCCCAAAGAGGUGCACGAUCGGAUUUGCGCCUUCCUUGAGCCCAAGGAUAUCGUGAAAUGGAGCAGGAUUCGCAGAAGCGCCUGGAUGUACACCAUGCGCCAACGUAGUAUCUGGUUCAAGGCCCUUCAGAGAAUGUGCCAUUCCAAUGCCGUCCCUGUCUACUUCUAUCCCACGGAAAACGACGUGCAGGCGUUCCACCACUACCGAAUCACGACCUGGCCCGAUGUUAUCCUCUGGUCUAUGCGAAAGCAGCCGGAAGGAUGCUUCAACCACUGCCGACGCAAUUUCGACGUCCGCGAGUCGGGCGCAGAAGCCAAGCUCAAGUCUGUGGUGUCCAACAAGCACGUCGGGCUGGCCACCUGCCUCAUCCCUGGGGGGCGAUACCUGAUAACGGACGACGGGAACCGGAUGUUCAUCUGGGACCUGGGCGUGGGUGGGAGGAUGCCGUUCAAAUGGGUCAAUAUGAUCACCCACGUUCAUCCGAGAAGGAAUCGUCCGAUGAAGCCCACGCUGGAGGUGUAUCGGUCACCAAAUGCUAUGGAUUUCAGAGUUGUCGUUUUCUUCGACCGCCUCAAGGAUCGCCUUGGGAGGUAUCACAUUUACGAUGUUCAUGCCGAAGUUGGAGGCGGGAAAGAAAAUGUCCGCCUUCUAGCAGCUGGAUCAGAGUAUCAGAAGGGCACGCUCCAUUCUUUCAAAUUCGACAUGCUGGCCACCUUGACGAGCAACACGCUCAAGAUUUGGAAUUACGUGGAAGACAUUUCUGUCACCUGGACCGUCCACAAUGAUCCUCCAGCCAAACUUAUUAUGUUUACAAAGACAAGGUCAAUUAUCCUCGUGCAUAUGCACGGGUACGCAGUAUGGGAUAUCCCAGGCUUCCUCUUCGACCGCGCGCUGCCGGUGCAACCAUCGCCUCAUCCUUCUCGCGUUGUCCCUCCUCGCCAAUACCUUCCCGUAAACUUCACGGCACACAUGUCCGUGGACACAGGAACGAUGAAAGGGCCCUAUAGUGCACCUGUCUUCGAUAAGCCUCCAGUGUGGUACGAAGACUUUGGCAACCACCCACUUGUGUUCGACCUCGUACGGAAUCGCACGGGCAAGGGCAAGUGCCAGCUACGCUGGCGGUAUGAACUGGUCAUCCCGCCGCUUGAGGACCUCGUCGCUUCCCCCGCAAUCGAGUGCAUAGCGCGGUUCGUCGUUCCGAAUGGAUGGACGGAGUUGCGCAAUGUGGGUUUCUGUAACGACCAGAUCCUGCUGGUUGGUAUGUUCGAGCGUGGGGCUGGGGUGGUCUCUGCUCCCGCGAUGUCUCGUUCCGUCCGCCCACAGAUAGAUAAUACCCCAUAUACCGGCAUCCUUUUCCAGCGGCGUCGCCCCAUGUUAGGCGACGACUUUGUGUUCGACCCUGUGACGGGACGCGUAUGUUACGAGGCCGCACCGUAUAACAUCGCAGUUCUAGAUUAUUUCGAGUUGUAG